GAAAAGUAUCGCCUCCGAGCGGACGAACCUCGCCCGGGGACGGGAAAAAUGCAAAUGGUCGUAAAAUAAGUUAGGAGCAUCAGAGAAAAAAAUAGCUGCGUUGCGAAGACGCUGUGUAAAAAGGUUUGCCAAGGGCAAUCGAGGUAGAAGGAGAAGAGCUGGAUAAAAGAGGAGUGGUAGGGAUGGCGGUUAACUGGUCAGCUGUUAGAAGCAAUUGCCAGUCUCAGUUCGGUCGCCGUCACAGUUGUACCGUGUCUUCUCAGUAGAGCAUGUCCUUAUAGUGGGAAUGUUGACACACGAAUUUAAGAAUACGGCAUCUAUGUUUUCUUCAGCUGAAACCUUCAACCUAGCAAUGGAUUCUAACAGGAAUUACAGACGUGUUCCACACCAAGAAGCUGAGUUUUCAUCCCAAAGCAUUAUGAAGGCAAUGGAAAAAUUUGUCCAAGCUGUUCAGGAAAUGGAUGAAACAAUUUUAGUGCCUUCAAGGCUUAUGGACCUAGAAGUUGGCGAUUCAGAAGACACUGCAGGUCUCAAGUCCCAGUCGAAAAAAGGUUCAGAAAGGGACAACUUAAGCUCAACAGAUCUGUUUCGUUUGUACAACAUGGUGAAUUGUGUUAAGAACGAAUUAUUGUGGGGUAACAAUAAGGGCAGUCCCGAUGAUGAUGAUGAGAUGACGAUAUCAUCCUCUUCAGCCACCCCUAAAACCCAUGUGAGGCGGCCGUCAAUAGCUUCACUUUCUUCCUCUCAAUCCCUGAGUGAUACCGAUUCUGAAACAGGGAAUGAGAACGACUCAGGAAUCGAAGGAGAGUCCGAAGCAAAACCAGACUAUAUAAAUAAGAUUGAAGAGAGCUUCAGGCGACACCUUUACGGUCUCCAUAGGUCACUCAACCACAUGGCAGCCGCUGCUAACUACCUUACAAAACGUUAUCAGAGUGAUAUAGGUGCGUCUGUUUGAUAACUAACAAUGUUAAAUGCUCAGAACCGUCUCUGUGCAGUGACUCCCAGUGUUGAUCCAUGUUUAGUUUGAAUUUGAAAUUCACAAGCUUGUGUGAGUGAUAUUUAUAAUGAUUAUAAAUAUAUUUCGUUUAUUGAAUUAUUGUGAUAUAUCUGCAUAACGUUAACAUUCUCAGUGGAGGUAAAAUAUUAAAAUGCAAUAUGUCUUUCCUUUUGACACUAGAGGCAUCAUGGUGUGCAGUCUUUUCUUAAAAGGUUUUACAUAUCAUACCUUAUGUUUGUUACUUCUAGUACAAAAAUGUUAGAAGAAUGCUCAUAUAUUUAUAUUACGAUUGGAUUAUAUUGCCUGGUUAGUGUAACGAAUCAUGUAUAUUAUUCCUAUCUACAGUAACCUAGUCAUAGUAAAGCAAUAGUGUUCUUUUACAUUUUGUAAUCUUAAUUUUAUUGCUUAAAUUAUAUAUUAUAUAUACUUGGAAGGCAAAAGUAUCGUUGAACUGCUAUUUUAUUUAUUUAUUUUUGUUUCUUUUUAUUGCCACUUUGUAAACUGAAUCAUUCGUCUUUAUAUAAAUUUAACUCUUACUGAAGCCCUCUCUAUUCUUUCUGUGCAAUAUUAUUAUACAAAAUGUUAUGUAUUUUAAAUUAUUUACUGAAUAUAUAUGUGGUUUUAUUUUCUCUACUUAUUUGUAGAAAAGAUUAAUUUAAAUUUAAAAGUGUGGUAUGUGUGAUAGUAAAAGAUGUCUCAAUGACAUGUUGACUAUUAGCUUUUUUUGUUUGUUCUUUUCUUUUUAUUUUGUUUUAAGUUUAUGUGGCUAAGAGGAAUUUAAUUCAGUUUACCUAUUUGUUCAGAAUGCCAAAUAAAUUCUAUUUUGUAUU